AGCUAUUCGUACAAAAGAGGUUUUCUUUAUCUUUCAUCAUUUUCUUCUAAAAAAAAAAAAAAAAAAAAAAAGUCUCCAGAUCCAAUUACAAGGUUUCUCAAAAACUCCCAAAUUCAUCUAAAAUUGAAACAAAUACGCAAAUUCAAAUCCGAGAGAGCUUCUCUAGUUUGAUUCAAUAUCUCUUUUGUGUUUGUAUUUGUGGAUUCCACUCCCAAUCACUCAGAUUGAUCUCAGCUUCAUUGAUCUAUCUGCUGACUUGAGAUUCCGCGAAAUUAGGGUUCUGUUAUUUUAUUAUUCCCAUUUCCGUUAAGUGUUUGCGUGCGUGUCUUAUACCAUCAGAUGAACAACGAUCAAUCUAAGCUGAUGAAUCCGCCACCGCCUCAGCAGAGGAUGAAUCCGCCGCCGCCGUUGCAGGUGAUGAAUCCGGUUCAGCCUCGAAUCAUGAACCAGGCUCCUCCCUUGCUAAACCAGUCCCAAAGCUUGAACCAUCCGAUUAUGGUUAUGAACCAGCAGCAGCCACAGGCUAUGCUGAACAACAACAACCAGCCUCUGAUGAUGAAUCCCCGUAACUAUAACCUUAGCUCCGAGUAUCAUAACCAGCCUAACAACUUCCCCUCGAAAAUGAACCGUAACAACAACAACAACUGGAAAGGGAAGAAGAUCGCGAACGACAAGAGACCUCCGAAUCCGAUGAUGAGGAUGCGUAACAACAACUCCGCUAUCCCGAUCUACAACAACCCUGGUAGUGGUGGUGGUGGCUCAGGCGGUUACAAGCCGCCGGCUCUCAACGAGCUCCAGUCUCAGAACAGGCUGAAAACGAGGAAGUUCUACCCCAAGAAGAAGUACGGUGCUAACAGUAACCGUCACGUCCCUUACGCUCCGAGGAACACGACGUCAUUUAUCAUCCGCGCGAAGAAAUCCGGCGGAAUCGCCGAGCUUGUGUCUCCGUCCCCCGUGACGCCUGCUGUGCUUCCCACGCCGAUGUUCUCUCCGUCGCGAGAGGUUUUGGGAGACAUGGCCAAGGAGGAGUGGGGUGUUGACGGUUACGGAUCCAUGAAGGGGCUGAUUAGGCUCAGAUCUGAUGGACAUGACCUGGAGCCUUACGAUGAUGAUGAGGAAGACGAAGGUGGAUCGAGUGAGAGUGAUGUUGAGGAGCAUGUGGAGGUUGAGAGGAGGCUUGACCAUGAUUUGAGCAGGUUUGAGAUGAUUUAUCCGAGUUACGGCGGUGGCUCUGAGUAUAACAAUGUGUUGGAGAAUCGAGUUGAUGAUCAGGAUAGUCAUAUUGCGCAGCUUGAGGAGGAGAACUUGACGUUGAAGGAGAGGCUGUUCUUGAUGGAGAGGGAGUUGGGUGACUUGAGGAGGAGGUUGCAGUAUCUUGAGAGGAGGAACAUGGUUGCUGAAGAUGUUAAUGAAGAGGUUGUGGAGAAUAAUGAGUCUGAAAGUGAGGGUGAUGACACAGGCGGAUCUGAUGCACGUACUAGUGGGGAUACGAAGGAUAAUCGUGUUGUUGCAGAGGACAUUUGUAUGCAGGAUGUUGCAGCGAAAGAAAGCAAUGCGGAUGAAGCAGAAGAGACCCAAGAUACUAUUAGGGAAGUUUCAGGUGAACAAUGCGAGGAAGCCAAUCUGGUUGUGGUUGGUAAGGAUCAGAGUAAGGGAAAUGAAAUGGCGGUUGAGAAGGUUGAAGAUGCAUCAGGGAAUGAUUCUUCUAUUGGAGAACAAGGAACAACCAUAUGAUAUGAUACUUGGACAGGCGUUUUAGUGAUGGAUCUCUAUGAUGUAUAUGUCACAAUGUGCUUGUCUUAGUAGGCGUAGUCUUAGUUAUCUCAUCGCUUUUGGUAUCAGAGUCAGGAGGGUUGCUUUCCCUCGGUGAAGUUCAUAUGAAGACAUGGUAAGCUUUCUUAUCUGGUUUAGAUUGUUUUUCUACCUCUGUGACGUGGUUGGAUCAUCUUGUUGAUGAUACGUUCCCCAGUUAAUAAGGUUGUAGUAAAAGUAAUGUUCAUUGUAGCGAAAGAACUUAUGGAUGAUGUAGUUUUCUGGUUUCUUCUUUUUAAUGUAUUGUAUGUUUCACUUUUA